AUGAUGAGGGUUGAGCCGCCGGCAACAGAGCACUCAGUGAUGGCCGUAAUGGGGGCAGCCAGGCCUUCCUCCCGGAGCGCCUACGACAAGCUCGCUUUCGCCGUUCACGCGACCCAUUUCACCUCCGGUUUUGUCCUUUACAUCACCGGCCCGGCCGCCUUCCCUGACACCAAUCCGGCCAAAUUCUCCGACAACGACAAGGUUUUGUUUUCCCUCGAUUACGACGAGAUUGACAUUCAACACUGGAAUCAAGGCGACGACCGUUACGCCUUCGUGUACUCCAAACUACUGUUGUCAGACUCGGCUCGGAUACGGACUCGGUGA